AUGAGUGUGUCGUUACUAAACUCCGAGGCCGACGUUUUCAUCCUAAAACUGAAUUUAAUCAUCCUGAAAUUAUUGGGACUAGCUCCAGUGUCCUUUAACAUCACGAAAUCCACUCUCAAUGAGAGUGGACGAUCAGUCACUUGCAAGAUUUCCCUCCCAGGAAUAAUCUACAACAUCUGCCUCAUCAUCUUCUCCUGCAUUUUGGUCUACAUCUCCCUCCCAGAGCUCUACAACACCGAGUACAUCAAUAAGACGCCUCUGACCCAGACCAUCGACGUCACCCUGGCUCUCAUCGGAAACAUCGUUGCAGUCAUGGUGAUCGUAAUAUUCUCCUGUCAAUGCAAGUUGGUAGUUUCCAUCUUCAACAAGCUAUUCCACAUCGAAACCAACUUUUCGAAGUUGCUGAACACUUCUAAGAACAGGCGCAAGAAGUAUCCCUCGAUCCUGUUCUUCUGGACGAACAUCUUCUACUGCAUUUACGUUGCUCUCGUCCAUAUCGGAGCUUUACACAACGAUUUUAUUUCCCUGUUCGCACUGACCUUUCCGACAACUGUCUGCGGCUGUCUGAUAACUCAGUAUUCGCUGGUCGCUACGUUGGUUGAGGACAAGUUCAAGAGGCUUAAUCAGGCUCUUCUGAAGCUGCUGACCAUCGUCCAGACGUCCGCCUGCAGCGAACGGACGAUUCUGUCGAGGCUUUUUGCAAUUAAAAAGCAACGGUUCAGCUUGUGCGAACUCACAGCGAAAAUAUCCCAGUUUUUCGGACUCCCUCUCCUGUUUACGAUCACCUAUUUCAGUGGCGCGUUGAUUUAUGCUACUCAUCUGGUUGUCAGACAAUUUAUCAUUUUGUUGGAACCUAAUCGACCACUCACCUUGAACACACUGGCAUUCAUUCUGCUCAUUACCAUGCCGAUAAUCUCGCUGUGCAUACUCGUUACGAGAAUAAAUAUUGAAAUGGACAAAACCGCGGACAUUGUGAGAAAGCUGAUGAUGCAAUUCCGCGACUACGAGAUUAUCAAAUCCGAGCUUCAAGAUUUUUUCCUGGAAUUGUUGCAUCCUAGUGUACAAUUCACUGCGUACAAUGUCUUCUCGUUGGAUUGCUCUCUGCUGUAUUCGAUUUUUAGUGCGGUGGCAACUUACUUGGUGAUUCUUGCGCAAGUUCCGGAUGAACCGUGCACAGGUUCACAUGAGGGACAUUACGGUUGCUCAGGAGGAAGCAAUGUAACUCUUUGA